AUGCCGGGAUUGCCCGACUCGCGAUUCCGCCAAACGGUCACCUAUUUGUGCGGUCACAACAGCGACGGUGCGUUGGGAAUCGUCAUCAAUCGCCCUUCCAAAAUGAAACUCGGAGAAGUCUUCGAGCAACUUUCGCUGGACAACCGCGACCUCGACUCUGGCCAAUCGGAGCUCCUCAAAGGGGGGCCGGUGAACCGCGAGCGCGGCUUUGUGCUGCACGAGGCCGGAGGCACGUGGGAUUCCACCAUUUCGAUUUGCGGCAACAUCGAAGUAACUACCUCGCGCGACGUAUUGUCGGCGAUCGCCGGCCGCACGGGUCCGCGCCGGGCCCUGCUGGCUUUGGGCUGCGCCGGUUGGGGUGAAGGCCAGCUUGAGCAGGAGCUCCACUCGAAUUCCUGGAUGGUGGUCGAUGCGACCGAGGAGAUUCUUUUUGAAACGCCGUUUGAACAGCGUUGGGCCGCCUCGGCGGCGCUGCUGGGAGUGGAUGUCGCCCGGUUGGGACUGCACGCCGGCCAUGCCUGA